AUGUGCGAGAGUAAAUCAUUUUUGCAGAUCGUAUUCUACGAGGACAGAAAUUUCCAGGGUCGCCACCAUGAGUGCAUGAGCGACUGCGCCGACUUGCACCCCUACUUCAACCGCUGCAAUUCCAUUAAAGUAGAGAGCGGCUGUUUCAUGGUGUACGACAGGCCCCACUACCUUGGCCAUCAGUACUUCCUGCGUAGAGGGGAGUACUCCGACAACCAGCGCAUGAUUGGCAUCAAUGACUGCAUCCGCUCUUGCCGCAUGAUUCCCAUGCACCGUGGGUCCUACAAAAUAAAGCUGUACGAGCGUCCAGACUUGGGCGGCCAGAUGCACGAGAUCAGCGACGACUGCCCCAACGUCCAGGACCGCCUACGGAUGUCCGACAUUAACUCGUGCAGCGUGGUAGAUGGCCACUGGCUGCUGUACGACCAGCCAAACUACAAGGGAAGGACCUACUACCUGAGACCUGGCGAGUACCGCAGAUACAGCGACUGGGGCGGUGCCAGCCCAAGGAUCGGCUCUCUCAGGCGAAUCACUGACUUCAACUAAGAAACUUGUUCCUCCAUCUGUUCCUAAUAAACAAGCUUGACCUAAA